AUGAAUAUUAAUAGUAGUAGUAACGUAGAAGAAUAUCAAUUAAUUUAUAAAUUAUAUAAACUUGUAUUUAGUAAUAUAGUAUUGUCAAGAUUAAUAUUUGAUUAUGCAGCAUUAUAUGAAAAGAAUGAUUAUGUAGAAUUUUAUAGUAUAAAUAUGUUGAGAAAUUAUCCAGAAAGAGAAUAUAUAAGAUCAUUAUAUUAUUGCGAUGAAGAUCAUAUUUUAGAAAUUGGUGAUUUACCAAUUGGUGGUGUAUUAAAAUUAGCAAGUAUAGGGCACAGAGAAACCUUAAUCAAAGGUGAUACAAUCCCAUAUGGAGUCGAAAAAUUAAGAUACAAUUACGAAGAACAUAAUUCAACAGAAACUCCAUUUCAAACAUUACCAACAACCCUUCACACAAUUAAAAAUGCAAAAGUUGAUUGUAAAAAAAGUCAAACUAAUUUAAUACCACCAAAUAUUACAUCCCUUAAAUUCUGUGGUUCUCCAAGUAUAUCAGAUAUCAAUCGUGAUGGUGAUGGUCGUGAUGGUCGUGAUGGUCGUGAUGGUGGAGGUGGUGGUGAUGGUGAUGGUGAUGGUGGUGGAUAUAUUAAAAUUCCAAAUACUAUUAAACAUUUAGAAUUCCAUAAAAAUUGGGAUAAUGAUGGGAAAGUGUUGGGAAAAGGUGAUAUACCGGAGGGUGUAACUUGUUUAGAUUUGGGUUUAUACAAGUUAGAAUUUAAUCAAGGUGUUUUACCUGAAAGUUUAACAAAGUUAAUGAUUCGUUCUUAUGAUGAAACAAAUGAUAAGAAUAAUCAAAUAUUGGAUGAUAAUUUUCCAAAAAAUAUAAAAGAUGUUACUAUAUUUAAAUGUAAAUUAAAUAUAUCACCAAGUUUGAAUUUAUUUAAAUUGAGUUCAAUUAAAAUUUUACAUAUUAUAUUAGAUUCUAAAUUUAAAAUUGAGGCAAAUUCAUUACCUUCAAGUUUAACAAAUUUAAAAAUUUCAACAUAUCAAAAAUCUUUUACUGAAAAUGUAUUUCCAAAUGGGUUACUUUCAUUAUCAAUUAAUCAAAUUAUUGAACAAGAAGGAGUAUUACCUGAAUCAUUAACAAAUUUAAAUUUAUCAGAUUGCAAUAUUACAAUAAAACAAGAUAACUUAAAUAAAAUGAUAUCAAUAUUACCAGCUUCAAUAAAUUCAUUAAUAUUACCCUCAAGAUUUAAAAAUUUAAAAAUUAAUAACAUUAAAUCUCCAACAAUUAAUUUAAAAUAUUAUUAA